UUAUCUCUCGUAUAUAAAUUAUAAUUGAAAAUUAAGUAAGAAAAAAAGGAGGAAAGAAUAAUAUACACAUAUCAUCCAUAAAAUUGGAACAAUCAACUUGGACGCUUACGUUUAGUGACGUCAUAAAAAAUCCUUCAAAAUAUUCGACACCAACAAUCAUCAACAAGGAUACCAUCCCAUAGAAGAAAAAGGAGAAGAGGGAGAAGGAAGAAAAAGGAGAAGAGGGAGAAGAAAGAAAAAGAUAUAAUUUAAGUGAUCAUGUUGAAAAAAUUGUUGAGCAAAUCAGGACGCAGAAUUUUACGGGCGAUCAAGAAGCUAUCAACGAGGAGUCGGAAAUUGAAAAGGUCACAACAAUCAAAUGGUGGUGGUAACGGUGAAAAUGGUUGGCAAUCAACUAUAGGAGAUUUUGAUGCAGUAUCACUUUCCUUGUCCCUACCAUCCCUGGAUGCGAAAAGUAUCGACACUUAUAUGACUUACGUCAUCGAGAACAUCGACGAUUGCGAUUCGAGAUGUUGUAAUUGCUGUGACGAGUACGAAGAAAAUCAAAGAAACGAGAAUAUUGAAAACGAAAUGACGACAAUCUAACGUUUAUUAUUAUUAUUGUAAAAAGAAUUAAUUUUAUUUUUUAUUAUUUAUACACUUUUUUCUCUUUCUCUC